AAACCCAAACACGCUACGGAAUCCACCGCCCCGAAGCCGGCAAGCGGCCAACCCCUCACGCGCAUCCGUCCGUCCGGUUCCCGUCUCGAUCGGACAAACCUGGAACCAUUGGUCUUCGCCCCCCUUGCACCAGUCCACGCCCCACUCCCAGUCUCCCACUCGCUGCAGUCUGGCACUGUUCUCGGGAGAGGCGUAUUGCUGUCCUCCCGCACCGCACCACACCGCACCGCACCGCACCACGUUAGCGGCUCGGGGUCGGGGGUUGGGCCAAUCCCUUCCCCGGCAGACGGCAGUCGCAUCGCAUCCCCUCCGCCUCGUUCCUUGCUCGGCUCGCCCCAACUUCGCUGCCGGCCGCCGCCGCCGCAUUCCCCUCGGCUACUCGCUCCUCGUCGCUCCCCGGUGAUGUCUGGCGGUAACGCAUGGUCGCCACUGCCUUCGCACGGAUUUGGAUCCGAGUCUAGCGGCAUGGCGAAUCGCGCCGGCGAGCCUGUGGCGAGGACCAACAGCGAUGGCGGCGGCGGCGGCAGCAAGGACUCGGGCAGCUUCGAGUGCAACAUCUGCCUGGACCUGGCGCAGGACCCCGUGGUCACCCUAUGCGGCCACCUCUUCUGCUGGCCCUGCCUCUACGAGUGGCUCCACGUUCACGCGCACUCUCAGGAGUGCCCCGUCUGCAAGGCCGUCGUCGAGGAGGGGAAACUCGUCCCCCUCUACGGCCGUGGUGGCAGCUCCGCCGUACCCCGUGCAAGGUCGGUGGCCGGUGUGGAAAUCCCGAGCAGGCCGACCGGGCAGCGGCCCUCCACUGCCCCGCAGCCGGACCACAAUAACCAUUACCCGCACCAGAACCCCUGGUUCAAUGGUGCUGGCGCCCCCCCUGUGGCUAAUGGUAGGUGGGGGAGUUACACUUUCUCGGCCGCCAUCGGAGGGCUGUUCCCGUUGCUGAGCUUCCAGGUGCACGGAUUCCCGCAGGCGACUGCCUAUGGGCCUGCUGCAGGGUUUCCUUAUGGGUACGGCCAUUCUUUCCAUGGGUGGCAUGGCCAUGGCUUCCCGCGCCAGGCACCACAAGGCCAGCAGGUCGAUGCGUACUUGAAGGUGCUGCUGCUGGCAGUUGGUGUGCUUGUAAUUGCCAGCCUAAUCGCAUUUUAGAUUAUGUAUGGCUGGCGAUGUCGCUGAUCCUUGUUGGUGUGUACCGUAGUUCUAGCAUCAUUGCAUCUUAGAUGGCUCCCAAAGUUUGAUGUCAAUGUGUAGAGUAUUGUGGAUGCUUCGGCUAGUAAUAGUACUUGUGAUAAUUGGUGGCAGCUGUUAUUCAUUGUGUAAAGUUGCUAUCGAAAAUUAUAGGUGCAUCUGUUGUGUUCAUGCCUUGAACUUUGGUCAUGUUCAUAUUUCUUCAAUGAAGUUUCCCUG